AUGGCCAGAGAAACUUACGAAAACAUAGUGAUCAUCGGAGCUUCGGUAGCUGGACAUGCUCUUGCCAAUGAGCUUAUUCCAAUCAUACCUAGAACUCAUCGAAUCUUACUGAUUGAUGCUUUGGAUUAUUCGUUCUAUCCAAUCGCAGCUCUCAGAGCUUCUGUAGUUCCUGGUUGGGAAGAUAAAAUUGUCGUACCGCUUAAAACCUCAACCGUCUUCACUGAAUUUUCACAACAUCAAGUUAUCGCACCCAAUAAAGUUGUCGAGCUGAGAAAGAAUUCUAUCAUUUUGGAGAAACCUUUCGAAGGUUCAACCGAGCUUCCUUUCUUUAAAGCGGUCGUAGCUACUGGAUCAACUCAACCAUCACCCAUGCGACCUUCUGCAGAUUGGACUGGGAUCAACGACUACAAGAAAGCUUUGAUCAACAGUCAAGAAGAAACUAAGAAAGCUAAGAAGAUAGUGAUCGUUGGAGGUGGAACAGUCGGUGUCGAAUGGGCAGGAGAAGUCAGAGCUGCUUAUCCAGAUAAAGAAAUAACAAUAGUUCAUAAUCGAUCAUCCCUUCUUGCUCCAGAUUCCAAUGGCAAAUCAACCAACACUACUCCAGAAUCAUGGAGCUCACCACCUACAGCUCCUAAAUUAUCUAAAUCACUUGUGUCUCUCGCUGAACAAAAUAAAGUCAAACUCAUCCUUAAUGAUAAAGUUAUCAUCCCUAAGCAUCAAGUAAGCCAAGGUGAAUGGGAUGGUUCUUUCGGUCGUCAAAAGCGAGGUCUAGUAAGAGUCAAGACUGAAAAAGGGAAAACAAUAGAAGCAGAUUACGUUUUCUUAAGUAUCGGUAAUAAACCUAAUUCAACUUUAGUUAGAAAAGCAGAUUCAAAUGCCGUCGAAGGCAGUGGUUUGAUCAGAGUUGACGAUAAUCUCAAGGUCGCUGCCACCAGUGAUUCUUCUCCGCUUUCAGGAAACAAUUACUACGCUAUUGGAGAUUGUACAGCUGCGCCUGGAUUCAAGACAGCCUAUCUCGGUGGUGUCCAAGGUAAAGUUGUAGCAACCAACCUUGUAAACGAGAUCAAGGGAAAAGCUCUCACAAAGUACAGUCCGGGUACUUUUACUGGAUUGGUUGUACCCUUUGGGCCUGAGCUGGGUGCCGGCUCUAUCACUUUACCAUAUUUGGGUACAUGGGCUGUAGGCAAUGGUAUGGUCAAGAGUCUUAAAGGUAAAGGAUUAUUCAUCGAUAUGUUUCUCAAGUCUUUCAAGGGUAGCGAGAAAGUUUAG